AUGCCCUUCUUCUACAACAAGUCCGUCGGCGGCCGCCGCUUUGGUACCAGCAUCCAGGCCGACCGUCACGGUGUGCGUCGCGGCCCCUGGCGCUUCCGCAUCGGUCGUUUCAACUGCUUCAAAUAG